AUGGCGGCGCGGGCGCCCCCUCCCCCGCCUCGCGGCGCGGGCUGCGCUCACCGGACAGAAAUAGCAGCCCCCGCCCCGCCCUGGUGGCGCUGCGCUCGCGCCUGGGCCGGGGCCGCGGCGGCAGGCGGAAAGGGGCCUGGGAGAGGCUCUAUGGUCUGCUCCCGGACACCAGCCACUGCUCUGUGCGUGGCCCAGACCGACUUGCACACCUCCAGAGACGGGGAGCUCACCACCUUUCACCGGCAUUCAAGCAACAAGAGCUGCUAUUGUGGGUCAAACCAACCAAAGCACUUCCACCCCCACCCUACUCCUCAUGUGGCCUGCCUCAGAAUCAGGCAGGAGCUGAAGACUGUACCUAGUCACCAGGUCCCUUGCGUGCUAUCUCCAAUCUUCAGGCCACAGGGGAAAACCAUGGAGACUUCAGGACCUUCUUCCCAGACUCAAGAUCACAGUCGAGUCCCUGGAGAAACAGAAGAUCUGGACUAUGGAGAGACGGAUUUCCACAAGCAAGACAGGGAAGCUGGACUCUUUCCUCAAGAACAACCCAAGAGAGACAAGUGUUUUUCCUCCUCCUCCUCCUCUUCAUCUUCCUCCUCCUCUUCCUCUUCGUCAUCCUCCUCUUCUUCAGGGAGCAGUGAUGAGGACCAGCAUCCCAGAGUAACUGGAAAACGUCGGCAAAGCCAGGGGGCUGGACACCCUCCCAGGGACAGCUCACCUGGUGCUGUGCAUGAGGAGCCUGACCUUUUGAAGGAUGAGCUUCAGCUCUAUGGAGGUGUCCCCGGAGAGGUGGUGCCCUCUGGAGAAUCAGGACUCCGAAGGAGGGGCUCUGACCCAGCAAGUGGAGAAGUGGAAGCCUCUCAGUUAAGAAGACUGAAUAUAAAGAAAGAUGAUGAGUUUUUCCAUUUUGUCCUGCUCUGCUUUGCCAUUGGGACCUUGCUGGUGUGUUAUCACUAUUACGCAGACUGGUUCAUGUCCCUUGGGGUCGGCCUACUCACCUUCGCCUCCCUGGAGACCGUUGGCAUCUACUUUGGGCUGGUGUACCGGAUCCACAGCGUCCUACACGGCUUCAUCCCCCUCCUUCAGAAGCUUAGGCUGAUGGGAAAACAGAUCCCAAAACAGUUCACUGCUACAUGGGGCAGACAAUGAUACAUGUUCACCAUCUACCUCCAGGCUGUGUUCUCUCUCCUGCUCUCUGUCAUAAUAAAGGCUGAAGGAACUGGACCAUCCGGACCUCGGUAAAACAUCACAUUGGUCUGUUCUGUUAGCGAAGUAGGGUUUGUAGGACUGGAUAAAGAGGACGUGGCUCUAUAGAGUAAGAGAUAAACCCUACAAGGAUGCAAGGACUCUAGAAGACAGGCUAUUCAGCCUAUUAAGUUUCAGGGGCUCACCACAUUGGUGUGGUUUUGAAGGAGUGGUCUGGGGCCUGCUGAGAUAGUCCCUGCAAAGUAAGGAACAUGUGAUCGCAUCUUGUACCUCUCACCAUUCAGAAGGAAGCGCAAUACCUGGUAAAUUUCUUCAGGCAGGAGUCAGCAUAUUUUACCCUAAUGCAGCCUAUUUUCUGAAUGACAUGGAAGGCUGUCAUUUCCUGAGCAGAUCCUCGUGGAAAAGGGCUCUGUAGUAAAUCCAGGCCGGACUGCCGGCUUCUCUGCCUUCCAGGUCAUAUGGCCCAGAAGAUCCUAUGGUAUUAUAUGUAUGUGUGGUGGCAAAAGGUACCACAUGUUUAUGGCAAGCCCAGUGAAAUAAACACGAUCAGGACCCCUAGUGCUCUGGAGCAGAGCCAUUCAAUCAGCAACAGAGAAUUAUCGUCUUUUGAGAAUCUCCUUUUGGGGUGGGCACUGGUAGAGACCUGACUGUGGAACAUGAAGUGAUCCUGUAGCCAGAAUGGCCCAUUACAAGCUGGGAUCUGUCAGACCCCCCCAAGUCAUAAUGUCAGGUGGACUCGACAGCAAUCCAAAGUAAGAUGGUGUGUUUGGGAUCAGGCACAAGCAGGGCCAGAGGUCACAAAUAAGCUGCACAGGCAGGUGGCCUAGAACCCAUGUCAUCUACCAACGUUCCACCAACACCUCUCCUCCAUCUCACACCCACUGCUGCAUGAGGCUCCCUUCUGGCCAGCUGACAAGGAGGGAGAAGGCCACGCACGAUUCACAGACAGGUCUGUUUGGUAGGUGGGGAUAAGCUGAAAAUGGAGGACAGGGACAUUACAGCCUCACCCAGAGGUGACCUUUAAGACAAGAAUGAGGUGAAUCCUCCCAAUGGGUAGGGCUUGGGGCAGUGCACUCGGGCAUCCAUUCUGUGGACAAGAGAAGUAGCCUGAGGUAAGAAUAAAUACAGACGAUGGGCAGUGGCAAAAACAGGAAGGAUAAAUAUUGAAAGACUGGGGACAAGGCAGUCUGGGAAAGAGGAUUGUGUGUGGGCCCAUGGAAAGGGGGACAAAGUGUGAAGAUCUUGCAUCAUAUGUUGACACCAGAAAGUAUCCAUCGUGGAAGAGGUACUAAACAACCAAGCGGGCAGCAUGACUCAGCCAGGUCAUCAGUCUGUGCCACCAGCUGUGGCAUAAUAGGCUCACAAUGAAGAAGCCAUGUGGCAGGAAUAGAGGUCCUGCAUUCACUAAGAGUGAUGUAGCUACUGCCACUGCUGAGUGUCCAAUUCUCCAGCAACAAAGGUCAACAUGGAGACAUCAGUGUGAC